AUGCCCUCUCGCUCUCAAGAAUACACUGACCGGGGGUUCAGCCCCUCUGUCGAAGCAGAUAUGGAUAUACACCUGCCAAAUCGCCGUUCUUCUCCUAUUGCCAGUGCCGCCUCUAACUCUGUUCUCGAGCUUCCCAGAGACCGUAGUGACUGGGGCCUCGCCACCUACUCUCAUGAUCGCGGCAAUGUCCCUGAGACGCGCUCUUUCUCUUUCAGAGAUGAUGAAGUUCGCUCAGUCGCAUUCAACAGAGGCUAUCCAGCGGAUCGCGAUGAAGAUCGUCGAAGCAAUUGCACUUCUUUUGACGGCCUGGAUAACGUCCAAUCACCCGACCGUAUAAAGCACUGCUACACAAACACGGCCAUGGAUCAUUCCGCUCGGGUCUUCAAUGGUGAUAUCGCUCGCGCCUACGAUCCUUCUUCUACCAGAGAACAUCAUCUGCACGGCGGGUCGGUUAAGAAUGAAAGUAGGCUCGUAAACGGGGACCUUGACAGAGAGACGUUUCUGGCAUUUUUCUGCAACUCUGAUAAUGAAGCCCACCGGAGGGGAAGCCACAGGGAAGAAACUCGUCAUCGGCGGCGUGGACCCCGCGGAGAAGGUAGGGCUCUUCCACAACACCGGGUUUGA